CCAGUAACGACUAAAAUAUCAGUUUUCUCGAUCAUGUAAAUUUUUUAAAAAACUUUUACAGCCAGAUAAUGUGAUACUUUACAUCAGGCAUUGUGCUCGCUAGCUGUGCGGUGCCCAAAGACCCGCCGGCCUGAUCGUGGUUCGGUGGCGCCUCCUGGUGAACUGUAGCCCGGAUAGCACGUCAGCUUUCACCGCCCCUCAGAGGCUUUGGCAGCGGUGGCGGUUGUUCCUUGUCGAAGAGAAACUAAUCAACGAGGAACUAACGUGGAACAAUACUUUUUGAAGUUUGGGGCAACUUUAACGCUGAAUGGACUCUCCAGGCCGAGGAGUGCAACCAGGCGUCCGGCCUGUGGGUCGCUAAUGCUAGCUAGCCGAGCUAGUUUACGUUUGUUUGUGUCACGGUGCUAACUAGCUCGGUGCUAGUUCGGAUUGCUUUAUAACCGGCCUUGAGCUUGUUUUGAUGCGGGUCCACCAAAGGAAGCCACAGGUAUCCAGUCCGUUUUACGUUUCCCUGAACUUUCUCCCAAGUUGUACGUUUCUUGGCCAAAAUAGUAAACAGAAGCUAACAAGCUAGGUCAUUGCACUAUAAAGUUUUGAUUUGGAUAGAGGAAUGGUUAGAUACGUGUUAUGAGUCGUUGUGUAUUCAAGAUCAGGUACCCAUUAGUAGUAGUACGUAAGACCGUUAAGUCAGUUUGCCCUGGCACGGGACUGCAGUAACGUUUUCGCCGGUGUUUCAAGCUUCAUCCUCUACGACUCCUGUCACCUCUCUGCGGCUGGCCACACGGCACCGAGUGCCUAAUGGAAGAACAUGACAACAUGGACUAUUUUUACCAGCAAGUACUGCAGAAAGAUGUUACACGGCGGUUGCAGGUCGGACAGGACCUCGUCGAAUAUAUUAACGACCCGGGCCGCUCCCCCGACGUGGAGCUGGACAAACCCCGGCUGGAUAAGACCAUCGAUGAGCUAACAGGCUGGGUGAACUCCAGCAAUUUCAAGGUGGCGCUGUUGGGGAUAGACAUUUGUGGUGCAUUUGUUAAUCGCUUGGAAGAUCGGUUCAGAGGAUACCUGGGAACAGUUUUGCCAGCCCUGGUAGACAGACUAGGAGAUGGAAAGGACCAGGUCAGGGAGAAUAGUCAAAUUCUUAUACUUCAAUGCAUGGAACAAACUGCCUCGCCAAUGUAUAUUUGGGAAAGGUUGCUCCCUGGUUUCAAACACAAGAACUUCCGCUGUCGAGAAGGUGUCUGCCUCUGUCUUAGUGCCACACUAAAUAUGUUCGGAGCCCAGUCAUUGAGCCUUAGCAAGAUAGUUCCUCAUCUGUGCUCUCUGACUGGAGAUCAAUACCCACAGGUACGCGAGGCCUCCCUAACAACGUUGGUAGACGUCUAUCGGCACGUUGGCGAGAAAGUCCGAGCAGACCUGGGAAAGAGGGGACUACCCGCUGCACGAUUACAGACGAUAUUUGCUCGUUUUGAUGAAGCCUUGAAUUCAGGCAACAUGGCUCUUAGCCCCAGUCACGAUCGUAGUUUUGACGAUGAUGACAGCGUGGAUGGGAGCCGCUCAUCCUCAGCCCAGGCCUCGUUCAAGGUCCCAAAAGUUCCCAAGAAAUCUGGAGACUCCUCCGCUGCACGUAGGCCCAGUGGUACCAGUGGGAAGCUAGUCUCCAAGGAAGGUGCAGGGGCAGUUGAUGAAGAUGACUUCACGAAAGCGUUCACAGACGUUCCUACUGUUCAGAUCUACUCAACAAGGGACCUUGAGGACAACUUGAAUAAGAUCCGUGAAGUUUGUUCCGAUGACAAACAUGACUGGGACCAAAGAGCCAAUGCUCUUAAAAAGAUCCGCUCGUUGUUGGUAGCGGGUGCAGCCAACUACGACUGCUUCUACCAGCACCUACGGCUGCUUGACGGAGCCUUCAAAUUAUCGGCUAAAGAUCUGCGCUCCCAGGUGGUCCGAGAGGCCUGCAUCACUGUGGCCCACCUCUCGUCUGUGUUGGGAAACAAGUUUGACCAUGGAGCAGAAGCGAUAGUCCCUGUUCUCUUUAACCUCAUCCCAAACUGUGCCAAAGUUAUGGCCACCUCCGGUGUGUCGGCUAUCCGGAUCAUUAUACGGCACACCCAUGUCCCGAGGCUCAUCCCUUUGAUAACCAGUAACUGCACAUCCAAGUCUGUGGCUGUUAGGAGGCGCUGUUAUGAUUUCUUGGACCUUCUGCUCCAGGAAUGGCAAACCCACUCACUAGAGAGGCACACUGCGGUUCUGGUUGACAGCAUCAAGAAAGGAAUUCGAGAUGCUGACUCAGAGGCCAGAGUGGAGGCCCGCAAAGCCUACUGGGGUCUAAGAAACCACUUUCCAGCAGAAGCAGAUGCUCUGUACAACUCUUUAGAAUCGUCCUAUCAGAGGACCCUUCAGUCCUGCUUGAAGAGCUCUGGUAGCGUGGCCUCGCUUCCCCAAAGUGACCGUUCAUCAUCCUCAUCCCAAGAGAGCCUCAAUCGGCCUCUGACAUCUAAAUGGCCGACAGGUCCAGGCCGAGUCCCUGUGGGUUCAAAGGGUGGGUUAUCGUCAGCCUCCCUGCAGCGUUCCCGUAGCGACGUGGAUGUAAAUGCUGCAGCAAUUGCUAAGCAACGACACGCGGGACAGGCCAGGGGUUCGGGACGACAGCAUCCUGGUUCCUACUCCUCAUUGGAUGAUGCCUCUGAUAAAACGGAUGGGACCAGGUCAGACAAUGGCCGCGUACAUACAAAGCAGCCCUUGUCCACUGCCAGCAACGUGUCCAGCCAAGUGGACUCACGAGGACGCAGUCGCACAAAGAUGGUAUCCCAGUCACAACGUUCCGACGAAUCCGAUUGCACACCAGGAUCUCAGUCUGCUACCCCUGUUAGUGCCGGCAGCCGGAGCGGCUCCCCAGGUCGUGUAUUGACAACUACAGCUCUCAGCACUAUGAGCUCGGGGGCCCACAGAGUGUUCUCUGGAACCGGCGGCGAAGGACCCAGACGUAGUCGCAUCCCCCGCAGCCAGGGCUGCUCCAGAGACUCCUCCCCCACCCGUCUGUCUGUCGCUCCUUCCAGCAUUAGUUCCAUCUACAAUGGAGCGAGCAGAGGAGCUCGGGGCAGUCGUAUUCCUCGUCCCAGUAUGAGUCAGGGCUGCAGCAGAGAAGCCAGCAGGGAGAGCAGCCGGGACACCAGCCCCGUACGCUCCUUCACACCGCUCGCAACGCGGAGCUACUCUCGCUCCACGGGAGCUCUCCACACACCUGAUGCUUUUGGGGCUGCAGGAUCAGGGUUCGGCAUCAGUCAGUCCAAUCGUCUUUCAUCAUCAGUCAGUGCCAUGAGGGUCCUCAACACUGGCUCAGAUGUAGAAGAAGCGCUUGCAGAUGCACUGCUGUUGGGAGACAUGCGGUCUAAGAAGAAACCUGCACGGCGGCGGUACGAGAACUAUAGCAUGUACUCUGACGACGAUGCAAAUAGUGAUGCAUCCAGCGCCUGUUCAGAAAGGUCCUACAGCUCCAGAAAUGGAGGCGCGAUCCCAACAUACAUGAGGCAGACAGAAGAUGUAGCUGAGGUACUGAACCGCUGUGCCAGUGCCAAUUGGUCUGAGAGGAAAGAGGGGCUUUUGGGCUUACAGGCUCUGCUCAAGAACCAACGCACCUUGAGUCGGGUCGAGUUGAAGAGACUGUGUGAAAUCUUCACCAGGAUGUUUGCAGAUCCUCACAGUAAGCGAGACUGCAGCAGGGUGUACGGCACGGCAGAAUCCGGUAUAAGCUCAGCCUCCUUCAAGAGAGUGUUCAGUAUGUUCCUGGAGACUUUGGUAGAUUUCAUCCAGGUGCAUAAGGACGACCUGCAGGAUUGGCUGUUUGUCUUGCUCACCCAGCUGCUGAAGAAGAUGGGAGCUGACCUGUUAGGUUCUGUACAGACCAAAGUUCAGAGAGCCUUGGAUGUCACACGCGUCUGUUUUCCAAAUGAUCUGCAGUUUACCAUUCUCAUGAGGUUCACUGUGGACCAGACACAGACUCCCAACCUUAAGGUGAAGGUGGCCAUUCUGAAGUAUAUAGAGACGCUGACGUUACAGAUGGAGCCACCAGAUUUUGUGAACUCAAGCGAGACUCGCUUGGCCGUGUCACGCAUCAUCACCUGGACAACUGAACCCAAGAGCCCCGAUGUCAGGAAGGCAGCCCAGUCGGUGUUAAUCGCACUCUUCCAACUCAACACUCCAGAGUUCACUAUGCUGCUGGCAGCUCUUCCCAAAACCUUUCAGGAUGGAGCCACCAAGCUUCUCCAAAACCAUCUGAAGAACACGGGCAAUGCACAGGCACAAAUGGGCAGCCCUCUGACACGCCACACCCCUCGAUCUCCAGCCAGCUGGUCCAGCCCACUCACUUCCCCAACCAACACCUCGCAGAACACACCCUCACCAAGUGCAUUUGACUACGACACAGAGAACAUGAACUCAGAAGACCUCUACAGUUCACUGAAAGGUGUCUCAGAGGAAAUUCAGAACUUCAGUGUUCGUAGUCAGGAAGACAUGAAUGAACUGGUCCAACGGCGGGAUGGAGAAGAGGGAGGCAGCGGUUCAGACAGCCGAGUGUCAGACAUAGUGGAUUGCGGCCGCAUGGCUCUGGACAACAAGACUUCACUCCUAAACACCCCGCUGCUCUCCUCCAGUCCUCGAGGGGCCCGUGAGCACUUCAGCGACUCUCCUUUCAAACACAGCCUCAAAGACACCAGCCUGGACGACUCGAGCAAACAUCUCACUGAUGCAGAUAGCAGCCUGGACCAAUCAGAGAUGGUAGCUGAAUUGCUGAAAGAGUUGUCCAAUCACAACGAGCGCAUAGAGGAGAGGAAAGCAGCUCUUUGUGACCUGCUGAAGCUGAUUCGUGAGAACACCCUGCAGGUGUGGGAUGAACAUUUCAAGACUGUCCUGCUGCUGCUGCUUGAGACAUUGCGUGACAGAGAGCAUGGGAUCCGGACUCUUGCCCUGCGGGUGCUGAGAGAAAUUCUCAGCAAGCAGCCCUGGAGGUUCAAGAACUAUGCAGAGCUCACCAUCAUUAGAGCUCUGGAAGCACACAAAGAUCCCCACAAGGAGGUGGUACGAGCAGCAGAGGAGACGGCAGCCAUGCUGGCAUUGUCCAUCAGUCCGGAUCAGUGUAUAAAAGUUUUAUGUCCCAUCAUACAGUCAGCAGACUACCCAAUGAACCUGGCUGCCAUCAAGAUGCAGACGAAGGUGAUUGAAAGGAUUCCUCGUGACAGCCUCAUAAAUGUGCUGCCUGAGAUUGUGCCAGGACUCAUACAGGGUUAUGACAACUCUGAAAGCAGUGUGAGGAAAGCCUGUGUGUUCUGCUUGGUGGCAAUCCAUGCAGUGAUAGGAGAUGACCUCAAACCACACCUCAGUCAACUCUCCAGCAGCAAGCUGAAGCUGUUGAAUCUUUACAUCAAGCGUGCCCAGUCUGGCUCCAGCGGCAGCGAACCCCCAACUGAGAGCCUAUAGGAGAUAAUGGCGCCCUCUCACAGGGCAAACAAUGAAUUGCAACUCUGAAUCAUGCACAGCUCACACACAAGCUGAGAACAAAAACCCUGAUCCCAACAUUUUUAUCAAACUGGGCAAAUGGCAUUCAUCCACAAAGACAUACAUAUGCACUCAGUCGUGCUGAUGUACAGAC